AGGGGAGGGCUCAGCACAGGAAGGGGCGGGUGCAGCGCGGAGCCGCGGCCGGUGAGGCGGUACCGGGGGGGGGCCGGGCAGCGACAUGCGGCUGGCGGCCCCCCUGCGCCUGGCGGCCGCUCUCGGACUCCUUUGGCUCCUGGGCUGGGUCCUGCUGGGGCCCCCCCGCGCCCCCCCGACGCUGCAGCGCCUCCUGCUGGCCCGCCCUGAGACCCCCCCCACAGCAGCGCCCCGCCCCCCCCGCUUCAAGUGCGGGCUCCCCCGGCCCUGCCCCCCCGCCCAUUUCGCCUUCCGAUUGGUCAGCGGCGCCGCCAACGUCAUCGGGCCCAAGAUCUGCCUCGAGGACCGAGUGUUAAUGAGCAGCGUCAAGAACAACGUGGGCCGAGGCCUCAACAUUGCCCUGGUCAAUGGAGUCAAUGGGGAGCUCAUCGCCGCUCGCGCCUUCGACAUGUGGGCCGGGGACGUUGAGGAUCUGCUCAAGUUCCUGCGGCCGCUGCAUGAGGGGACAUUGGUGCUGGUGGCUUCGUAUGACGACCCCGCCACCAAGUUAACGGAGGAAUCCCGGCGCCUCUUUGGGGAGUUGGGCAGCGCCGUCGCCAUGGACUUGGCCUUUAGGGACAGUUGGGUCUUCCUGGGGGCCAAAGGGGUGCAGGAGCGAAGCCCCUUUGAGCAGCACGUCCGGAACAGCCGCAGCUCCAACAAGUACGAGGGGUGGCCGGAGGCGCUGGAGCUCGAGGGCUGUGUCCCCCGCAGGGCCCCCGACCCACCGUGACCCAUAAGUGCCCCUCCUCCCCGGACCCAUAAGUGCCCUACUGGGACCCAUAAGUGGCUCCCCCCCUACUUGUGGGGGAGUGGAGGGGUCUUGGUAUGUUCCCCCCCCAUCACCACUGUGUGGCCCCAGGGGCAAAAUAAAGCUGGGCCUGAAUGGAG